ACGUGCAGCAGGCAUGCUUCCACCGACCCGAUUUUGGCCAGAAAAAGUGAACAGUGCGCGUGCCCAUUGCUGGCAGACAUGGAAUGUGGUCUCCGAACGCUGCUUCCCGAAUGCUCUUAUUGGGACUUCUUCAAUAGCAGCACAAUGAAAAGAACUAGUAUAAAAAACAGAAACCCAACAUUUUUCUCGUGAAACGUUCUUCGUUGACCAUGGAGCUCUCUGUGCCCUUCAGAUUCCGAUCACGGAACCUCCUCUCACCCUCUACACACAUACCCAUCACCUACCCUUCCAAGCAUCAACCACCCUUUUUAACUAAGUUUGUCAACAAACCCAAGAUUUCUAAACUAACGGUGAGAGCGCAGAGAAGGGCACCCAUUGAAGGGCUGAGCGAUGAGUUGAACGCUAUAGCUCGUUGUAACCUUGACUUUGCUUACACUCGAAGAAGGGUCCGCGCUGCUUUCGCUGAUAUGCAGCAGCAGCUGGAUCAUUGCUUGUUCAAGAAUGCUCCUGCUGGGAUCAGAACUGAAGAAUGGUACGAAAGGAAUUCUAGGGGAUUGGAAAUUUUCUGCAAAAGCUGGAUGCCAAAGCCUGGCAUUCCAAUCAAGGCCUCUGUGUGUUUCUGUCAUGGAUAUGGUGAUACUUGCACCUUCUUUUUUGAAGGUAUAGCCAGGAUAAUUGCUGCUUCUGGGUACAGUGUCUUUGCAAUGGACUAUCCAGGUUUUGGUCUUUCAGAAGGAUUGCAUGGUUAUAUACCAAAAUUUGAUUAUCUGGUUGAUGAUGUUAUAGAGCAUUAUACAAAAAUUAAAGCCAGACCUGAUCUCAGUGGCUUGCCUCGAUUUAUAUUAGGGCAGUCAAUGGGUGGAGCAGUUUCUCUUAAAGUUCAUUUGAGGGAGCCAAAUAAUUGGGAUGGAAUGAUACUUGUAGCACCAAUGUGUAAAAUUGCAGAGGACGUGUUACCAUCAGAUGCAGUUCUGAAGGUAUUAACUCUUUUGUCUAAAGUGAUGCCAAAAGCAAAGCUCAUCCAAAACCAGGAUAUAGCUGAUCUGUUCUUCAGGGAACCAAGCAAAAGAAAAUUGGCUGUUUACAAUGUUAUUUGUUAUGAUGAUAAUCCACGGUUGAGAACUGGCAUGGAACUUUUAAGGACCACAAAAGAAAUUGAGUCGCAAGUACACAAGGUCUCAGCGCCAUUAUUGAUUCUUCAUGGAGCAGAAGAUAAGGUGACUGAUCCAUUAGUGAGCAAAUUUCUUUAUGAGAGAGCAUCUAGCAAAGAUAAGACUUUAAAGCUCUAUGAAGGUGGUUACCACUGCAUUUUGGAAGGGGAACCUGAUGACAGAAUAUUUGCUGUACAUGAUGACAUUGUCUCGUGGCUUGAUUUUAGGUGUUCAAUUAAAUGAGGUCUAUCCAUGGGUAAUUGGCCCCAUCUUCCUGGCCUCUCUCAUUCUUAGAGUCAAUAUAUUUUUCAGGAUUAAAUAUAUUUUUGGUACUUAUAAAAUUUCAGAUUUUUAGUUUUAGUUCUUAUAAACUUUUUGUCUGUUGCCUUUUUUUUUGUCAUCAAUAUCUCCCUUAGAGGGACAAAAAUGGGCAAAAUUUCAUUUCCCUGAAAUUGAUGUUGAUGACAAAAAAUAAACAAGAGAUUAAAAAUAUAGGGAUUAAAACCAGAAAUUAGAAAUUUUAUAGGAACCAAAUUUAUAUUUAACUUUCUUUUCAAUAUAUAUAUAUAUAUAUAUAUAUAUAUAUAUAUAUAUAUAUAAGGAAUACUGCAUCUAAACUUAUUAAAUGAAAAAUAAGUGUGAAAAUUGAAAAUGGAUCUUAAUUAGUUCUCUAGUCCAAAAUUAUGUAAUUCAUCCAAAUAAAUUCCAACUCAUAGCUGUAUCUUGAGUAUAAAGUGUUGGAUCAUUGUGCCCACCAAAUUAUUGUCUUUAAGUUGCUUAUAUUUUCUUCACAAUGUAGAUAUGAAACAAUUCUUGAUUUUGACA